AUGGUCUGCCCUGUAGGAAACGCACAGGCUCCACUAUUGUCUCAUCAGCACAAAGUUCUGCCACACUGCGGGGAAAGUCUGGAGGCUCGCGAUGACUCAGACACGGAUAAUUCUUCCCCUAAUAGCACUGAAUCACGAUCCCAGCAGCUGGUGGUCGCCCCUUCUUCUCAAGGUCUGAGGCUGCCGCAGCCCCAGUUCCUGGAAGCUGUUUACGCGCGCGCUCUUGGCCAUAUUGUUCUCUUUUUCCUCGUGAUGACUCCGCAGUGGAGGUGGAAUCCGUCCAAGACGCCCAACGUGGCUGUGCUUCCCGAUCAGCGCUGCAGCCCGGGCGGCCACUUCUCGGGUGGCGUUUCUCUCUGCCCCUCGCACUCACUGCUGGUGCGGCUCGCAGCCCUCCCCAACUUAUGGCAUUUACAACAGAAACUAUCAGAGACAGGCUGCAAAGGGAGGUGCUUGUGCCCUGGCCAAGCUGGAAAUCAGACGCGGGGCCAUUCUGCGUGUGUGCGCGCGUGUGUGUGCGUGAGUGUUUCAGUGGAGGAAGGCGGAGGAGGGACCGGGAGAAAGACGGGCACAACCUCUGCGACGAAGGAUCCGCGGAUCAUAAAACGUAGGCUCCGUGUGAUUAAUGAUCGGCACUAA